AUGUUCGUCGAUGCCCCUGGAUUAGCAGCCUCGGCGACUCGGCGUGCUGCUGCACUCAAUCGUAUCCGCGGACCCCAGUCUGCCCUCACAGACUUUCUUGCCUCCCACAAUAUCUCGGCUCACCAGAUCCAACAGGAUUACCAACAACGUCUUGCCAACGCGGAGCGAGAGGCGCAAGAAGGUACAGAAAAUGCCGACGUGGAGCAAGAAGACGCCUCCGAUGAUGGCAGCGAGGAUCCUAUCGAGCGCAAGAAGCGCAAGAGAAAACAACAGAUGGCUCUGAUGAAGAUCAAACAGAGCAAGGAGUUCAAGAAACGGAAAAUGGAACGUGAAAUGGAGGAAGGCAGCGACUUCGAAAUGGACGACGAUGAAAUCGCCAGAGCCAUGAUGGCCAAAGCAAAACCCUUACCCGGCCAACUUGACAACUGUGAGAUAUGUGAAAAGAGAUUUACCGUCACACCUUACAGUAGGACUGGGCCUGACGGUGGUCUGUUGUGCACCAAAUGCUCCAAGGAACUGAAGGAGGAGGAAAAGAAAGAUGCUCAGGCGAAGAAAAAGAGAACUGCUGUCCCCAGAGGUCGACGUCGACAGACAGAGAGCGAUCGGAUGAUGGGAGACGUCAAACCAGGUGCCAAAAGCCUGGCCGACAUGUGCGUUCGUAAGGUCGCCGAUGUCGUCAACGAUAUUGAGGAAUUUGGUGAUAUGCCACAAAACCUGUUGGAUCGGCUGAGCCAGAUUUUCUCAAAACGGAGAGUCCUGACUCCUCGCAUCCUCGAACUCUUCCUUCGCCCUGAUGUCGACCGUAUUAUUGUAUAUGAUUGCGGCAAAUUGGAGCAAGAAGAUUUCCAGAAAAUCUUUGCACUGAUGCCACAAGUCGAGAUUGUUAACUUGCGCUUUGCGGGUCAGCUGAAAGAUGAACCACUUCUAUAUAUGGCCGACAAAUGUAAGAAGAUUCGUCAUCUCCAGCUCGGUGCGACAAACCUGGUCUCUGACAGCGCCUGGGUUGUACUCUUCAACUCACUUGGGCCUCAGCUGGAAAGUCUCAAGCUAUCGGAACUCAAUGACUCAUUGAGGGACGAAACAGUGGCGGUACUGACGGACAAAUGUCAGAGACUCAAGAGACUCAAGUUGCGGUCUUGUUCUCACAUGAGUGAGGUGUCGAUUGACGCGCUCUGCUCUUUGCGAAGUCUCGAACACCUCACGCUUGGCAGCAUCGCGCAGGAGACAUCCUCAGAGAUCCUGGUCAAACUCAUCACCUCUCUCGGUGCCAAUCUCCGAACUCUUUGUCUAGAAGACUUCCAAGAACUCGACGACAAUGUCAUUGAAGCAAUCAGGGAGCACUGUUCGAACCUGUGCAAGCUGCGUAUUCGAGGGAGCAGCAUCUGCACGGACCGUGUCUUUGCCGACCUCUUUGGUAGCAACUGCCCCUUCCAUCCUCUGCUCUACGCCGACCUGUCCGACAACCGCGACAUCGACAAUACGAACCCUGAAGGUCCGCAAGACGAACCCAUUGGCUUUGGCUCCCUCGCGUUCCCGGCGCUCAUGGCCCAUUCCGGUUCGCGUCUCGCCACUCUCAACCUCAAGGCUUGUCGUCACAUCUCUCACUCUGCGCUCCUCGAAGUCUUCGACGGUGUCAAGCAGUAUCCUUUUCUGAAAGACAUUGACCUGUCCUUUGUCACCCAGGUGGAUGAUGUGGUCAUGACCGGCAUAUUCAGGAGUUGUCCCUCUCUGGCAAAGCUUGCCGUGUUUGCCUGCUUCAACGCCCGAUCCACCAGGAUCCCGGCUGGAAUCGCCGUGAUUGGAUUGCCCAACGCGAGUGCGAACAUUGUACAGGGAGACUUCAUUGCGUAG